CAACAAGUCGUUUCGUUAUUCGUUACAGUCUACAAAUUUGACAAAAGAAUAUGAUAACUGCUAUCAUUCUUCUGAUAACAUUCCUAAACCGCCCCGUUUUAGGGGAACGUUUUUGGGAACGCGCACACAAGGGGAAAUAUGUUCACUUUAAUAUCGACAAUAAACCACUUGAACUGGAAACUUCAGUACCGCCCAGUAAAGAUGGUCACGUGAAUCUACACUUUAGUGACGACAAUAACCGUGAUAGUGAAGGCGCAGUGAUACACAUUCUUUACAACAAGUUCGUAAUAGGAAGCUGUGAACUCGAAAAUGCCUAUACUGCUUACACGGAAUUCCCUAAGAAAUGGGCAAUAGUUAAAACCUACGACAAACUACAGAUAUACUGCGAGGGCAAAGCUGUCGUAACAGUGUCUAAGUAUACAGCGAGUCAGGAGUGUCGGGACAAAUGGUGGCCGGCUGGCAAGACCUUGAAAUGGCUUAAAAUAGGGGAUAGGGACACAGUAACAAGAAGAUACAGAUCUCUGAGAGAUUCCAUGUGCCCUCCGACCCAUCAGUUUGUGUUUAGUUCAGGUGACUACUGUUGUAACUCAGAAACAACUACUGCUCUAGAUCAGAAACAAUCUGAUCAGACUGGGAUAACAAGUAAGGCUAAAAUGCGUGAAGUGGGAUUGCCAGCUUGCGAAUACGGACAGUUACAGUAUCACAACCCUAAGUCGUGCUGUGGAGAGGGUAACUUUAUUCAAUGUAAGGAGUCACCCUGCAUGGACUACGUUUAUCAAGACCGUUUGGAAACACAGGAAAUCCGCGACUGUAGAGACCGCAAGUACGACCCAUAUGGUGUGAAGUUUAGAGGAGAUUGGAAUAAAGAUGGCGAGUGUGUUGAGUGGAGGGAAACUUCAGUCAGUCAGGGUGAUCCCUUUGACCAGGAAAUGGGACUGAAUUCCAACAACUGCAGAAACCCCGAUCAAGAUAACAAAGGACCAUGGUGUUUUGUAAGGGACAAGAGUUCGAGCCAACUGCAAAAAGAAAUUUGCUAUGUGCCUUAUUGUGAUUUUGGUUCCGUUACUGCCAGUGAUGCUCCUCGUACCACUGCAGAACCUACAGAAGAUGUAAUAAUAAUAAUGAUUGAAUCGGAGGGACAAGAAGAGAAAGGAACAGAGGGAGAGAAAGAAAAGGAAGAUGAGGAAGAAAAGGAAGAUGAGGAAGAAAAGGAAGAUGAGGAAGAAAAGGAAGAUGAGGAAGAAAAGGAAGAUGAGGAAGAAAAGGAAGAUGAGGGAGAAAGAGCUCUGCGGUUGUUCCAUCCUUAUCUCACCUCAGUGUACACAUUAGGCUACCACGGUGCAGAGGACGCUAUUGAUGGCAACUUCGAUACUUUUGCCCACUCUGAUGAGGUUUUCAGCUCAUUUGAGGCAUCGCUCUCACUUGAUAUGGAUCAUGAUUUCUUCGUGCACAAAGUUAUUGUUUACACUCACUCUGCAUUUCAAGACAGGAUAUGGCACAGUAUGUACUAUCAAAACGGGUUGGAUGUUUCGUUACGGAACACUGACCCGGAGAACAUACCGGAUGUGUAUUGCUCAAUCGAACCAUACGUUCUCAGAUUGGAAAAGUACGAAUUCACAUGCGAUAAUAAGAUACCUGUUAAGAAAGUGUCUAUUACAAACAAAUUUGGUGAUCAGUAUGCGGUGGUAAUGAGAGAGGUGGAAGUAUACGGGUCCCCGUACAGUCUGGACCUGGAUCCUAGCGUUGAACAAAAAAGCUCAAUGUACUUGCAAAUGGAGGAGGAACCAUUGAUACUAGUGGACCCAGUAUUUUCGACGACCAAGCCGGCCGGUGAUUCUACAAGCAGAAAACUUAGACUGGACCAAUCGUUGAAGUUGAAUAUAGAAAUGGACUUGAAAACAAAGAUUGUACGGAAGAUCUCAGUGAAGCAGGCACACCAAGAGCAGUUACAAGCGAGGUCUGAUGAACUCUAAGCCUUCAAAACUCUUGAGGUUUUCUUAAGUUUCAACCAAUGCUAUCAUGGACAAAGUGCAUAUUAAAUUAUAUUGA